AUGGACGUGACGAUGGUUGGUCUGCAUAACGCGGGCAAAUCGUCGUUGCUGCGAGUGUUGGCGGGAGGUGAAUUCGCGAUUGAUUGGGAUCUGGGCGGACAGCCCAGGUUCAGACCGAUGUGGGAGCGGUACUGCCGUGGAGUGCACGCGAUUGUAUACAUUGUCGACGCGGCGGACCGGGAGGCAUUGCCCGUGGCGACGGACGAGCUGCACGAGCUGGUCAGCAAGCCGUCGCUCGACGGCAUCCCGCUGCUGGUUCUGGGCAACAAGUCGGAUCUGCCCAACAAGCUGUCGGUGGACGAGCUGAUCGAGGCGAUGGACCUGAAGUCGAUCACGCGGCGCGAGGUCAGCUGCUACGGGAUCAGCGCCAAAGAGGAAACCAACCUGGACGCGGUGCUGCAUUGGUUGAUUGCGCGGUCGAGCAAGUGA